ACUCAUGGCGUCCAUUUUUGUUCGUGCUCGCAAUUUGUACUAAUUUUCGACAUAAAUUCGUGAUAAAAGUGACUUUAUUUUGUAAAAACUCUUAAAAAGUGACACAAAGCAUCAAAUGGCACCGAAAAUGGACGACAAAUCCAACAAAAAGGAUGACAAAGAAGCAAAUUCCAAACCCGGCGAGGGACGCUACAACCUCCGACGCAGCUUGUCGCUCAAAAAUUCGUUCUUGUCGAACGUUUUCAAGAAGCGCACUGAUGUCAAGGAGCCCAAAAAGCCAGUUUCGGCCAAAAAGGAGAACAAAACUGACCCGCCAACACUUUCAAAUGCCCAAAAAAUCGCAAUUGAGAAGAUUCAGAAGCAGCAGGUUACUGCCGCAGCUCCCGGCAAAGUUGGUUUGAAGGAAAAAUUGAAGAAAUCCAUGUCGAUGUCGACUCCGAAGAAGCAUCCAGAGGCUGGAACGUCGCUUAAAGGUAAAGAAAGUCCCAAAUUGAGUCCAAUUCCCUCUGUUUCGUCGACCAAUGAAGCAGUUGAGGAGGUUAAGAUGUAUCCGGAUCUCGUAAAUAUCGAAGAUUCGAAGAAAAAUGACACUUCGCCAACAAAGAAGAUCAAAGCUUCGACCUCGGAAGCAGUUGAAAUCUAUCCAAGUGAGUUACAUGACGAGUUACGACGCAAAAUCGCGUCAAUUCCGAAGCCCAGCACCGUCGAAGAGGAAAAUACGCCAUUCAAGAUGCCAAUUCGCCCGGCAAUUUACAAGCACAAUUACAUCAACCAACCGCCGGAAAUGCGCGAAAUCAUCAAAACGCGACUUCCCGUGCCUCUGCGUCGCACAGAAGUGCAAAAAUUCAUUCGCACUCCGCAUGGCGUUCAAGUUGUGCCCUUGGUGCGUCCCUCGAAGCGAGUUGUCGAGUUGAAUUCGACACUCCCCGACAUCAGCGAGACUCUCAGCGACAGUUUGGAGCAGGAACAGGACUUUUGUGGCUUCGAUGACGACGACAUUCCCGACAACAUUGAAGAUUUGGAGGCAAUUUUGUACGAUCAUCAGUGCGAUACGCCCCCGAAAUCGCCCCCAACGCUCGUUCCGCAGACCGCAAAAGUUCUUGUGCGUCGUCAAACAGUCGCCGCGGGACCAGUUCCCGUCGCUGCAGUUGCUGCUUCGAGCUCAUCUUCGAACGCGGGAACACGCGGCGCUCCCAAAUCGAUCUCUUCGAAUUUUCCGAUUUUGCCGUCGUUGCCUUUGAAAGUCAUUCAUGAGAAUGGACAAGCUUCUGUUGUGCCAAAAACUCCAACGCAAGAUGACAAAAAGGUCAAGGAAACCCAAACUGAGACAAAUAUUCGUACAAUUAAUCCGAUGUUUCUGUUGGAAGGCGAGCCGAAGGGAAGUUUUUUGGCUCAUGGAAGCAUGACGGCGAUCUUUGAUCCGCAAAUCAAUGGAUUCAAGUACAGUUUGCAAGGAAUCAACAUGAGUGCCUUUACUGUAGCGCAACAUCACAUGGCGCAACUUCAAUUGCGACAUCAACUUAUGAGCUAUCAAAUCUUCAACGAUCCCAAACCUGGAGACUACUUCCCCGUUACCAUUGUCGUAAAUCCGAUUCCCGAGUCGUCGCCCAUGAAGUACAAUCCACAAGCAACUCAAGAACGCGCAGUUCCUUUCUCCGAUUUUUAAUGACUCAACAAGCAACUUUACAAAAAUUAACAAUAUUUCUCAAAAUAUUUCCAUAAUUUAACGACAACUUGAUGAAAAAUUUAUUUAUGUGACUUAAAACUUGUCGAAAAAUAGACAAGAAACCCAACUUUGAUGAAUCCUCAUGUCUCCGAUGAGAGACCCCUUAUUACUUUAUGUACUACUUGAAUACUUGCGAAAAAUGUUAAUUCGAUAAAUAAAAUUCCUGAAACUACU